AUGGGCCUGAGUCACUCUAAACCUCACCCAAGGGUGACCAAGGUAGUACCUUUGCAAAACAAAGACGAAGAGACUCCCUUGGCUGGCUCUGUGGACUUUGCAUUCACUCAGAAUCUGGAAGAAAACAGUUUAUAUUCAUUUGCAAGACUGCAGGACCGGAAUAAAGCUUUAGAAGGGCAGUUGCCGCCUCUACGAGAGACCUGGUAUGGAAGAUAUUCUGAAGGGCCUAGGGCCAUGUAUUUUGACUUCCCACUGGAACAGCAAGAAACAAGUAUUAUUAAAAGGCAUCCACCCAGAAGACUUCAAAAACUUGAACCCAUUGACCUGCCACAAGUAAUUACUUCUGAAAGGCUCCUGAACCAGCAAGAAGCCAGGAGGACUCACAAAGCAAAGGAACUGGAAAAGAAGAUGCAGACUCUAAUGUAUCCUUCUGGGAAAAGACAAUAUUUACAUAAGAUGCAAAUGCUGGAAAUGAACAGUAAAAGACAAGAGGCACAAGUUGAACUGAAGAAAAGUCUUCACAAGGAGCCAAGAACUAAUAAGCAGAAACAGAGGGACCAUAAAGCCAAGAAAAUCCUUCAAAGCAUCCCAAGAAAUGAUGAUGGUGACUUUCUAACCUUGUUGCCUGAUGAAACCUUGAGCAGAAGUCUAGGAAAUACACAGAAUGCAGACUUUCUGGAACAUCAAGCAAGGAAUGACCACUGUCCCAGGAAAAUUGGCAAAAUGGAAAUAUGGCUCCGUGAACAGGAGGCCCGGGGAGAGCUUCUCUGGGACAGCUCCAGCUCUGACUCAGAUGAGUUGGGGAAAGUAGAGAAAAAAAAAAGAGCACUGUAGUCAUGUACGGACGUGAGAGCAGUACCAUAAAAAAGGCUGCAUGCCGAAGAACUGAUGCUUUAAAACUGUGGUGCUGGAGAAGACUCUUGAGAGUCCCUUGGACAGCAAGGCUAUCAAACCAGUCAAUCCUAAAGGAAGUCAACCCUGAAUAUUCAUUGGAAGGAC